AUGAUAACCAUCAUGUUCUUCGGCUUGGAGGCGCGGGAUGCUGCGGCCAGUUUUCAAAUAAUACAACGAACAUGUGCUCGAGCGGGAGCUGUGGGCUUGAGGAAUUUGCGACUUGAUGACUAUUUGAUAUGGACUGGAAUUAUAUUCUAUACUGCACAAACGGCACUCGCAUAUAGUGUUGGCAAUGUGGCUGGUGGCCUCGCGAAUAAUAAUAUGACGGCCGCACAGCGGGCUACGUUGUCCCCCCACAACCCAGAAUACCGCGCCAGAGUGAUCGGUUCCAAGAUCCAGAUCGCAGGCUGGACCACCUAUAUCGCAUUGAUCAAUUCACUCAAGCUAUCUAUGCUGGCAUUCUAUGUUCGCCUUAUGGAGGGCCUAGGUCGCCGCUAUCGAGUACCUAUCUACGUUGGGUUUGCUUUCGUCAUUGCAAGCUCUCUCGCUAGUGUCAUCACGAUCUUUGCGGCAUGCAGGCCAUUCCACAAAAAUUGGCAAAUCAACCCAGACCCCGGCAAUGUGUGCCAGCCAGCUAUUGCUAAGCCAGUUAUCGCAGUCACAUUCGCCGCAAACCUCCUUACCGACCCCUACCUUGUUUUUAUUCCAAUCCCUAUGCUUUGGAAAUCAAGUUUGAAAGUUAUCAAAAAGAUUGCGACGACCGUCGUCCUCAGCGCCGGUGUCUUCAUUCUUGUCUGCGCCACUCUCAACAGCGUUUUCUUGCUAGUGGAACCCGUUAAUGGUGCCCAACUUGCUUAUGAAUGGGGCACCCGGGAGACUUUCGUCGCGGUCAUCACAACCAACCUUCCGAUGGUAUUCCACCUUUUCAGAAUUUGGCUCACCAAGGCCUUCGGCAGCAAGUUUGGAUCGUCUCAGAAGACAAAUUAUAAAUCGCCCUCGGGGCGAGGUUAG